AUGUCCCCGCGCCGAUCGUCGAGGGCUCGCACCACCCAGCCUCCCUCCAACGCCCAGACAGCGCACAGCGUCUCCUCCUCCUCCGUCUCCUCGGCUCGCACCGAUCGUGCGACGAGGACCGACUACAAGCAGGCAUCCCCACACAAAUCAUCGACGCCACAUUCGCUCUCCUCGGAAGAACCCGAAGAGCCCUUGCACGACGCGCACAUGGACCGACCGUUGACACGCCGCCGAACGCGCGAGCAGGACGUCGACGAAGACGACCCAACCAAGCUCGACGACGACCUCGACGACGACAUGGUCGAAGAAGACGAAGUAACGCGCUGCGUGUGCGGCUACCAGGAAUACCCAGGCCCGCCCUCGGACGCCACAAAGUCUUUGGAAGGCGAUGAUCUCAGUGGUCUGUUCAUCCAAUGCGACAUCUGUAAGGUCUGGCAACACGGCGGCUGCGUCGGCAUCAUGGAUGAAGCCGCCAGUCCGGACGAAUACUUCUGCGAGGAGUGCCGCAAGGAUCUUCACAAGGUCACCACAAGUCCCAAAGGCCAAAAGUACUCUCGCUACCUCCCCGUCUACGACCAGCAGCACGGCAAGAAGGCCCGCAAAUCGUCUGUCUCGAAAGAGACAGUGUCACCGUCGAGCCGGCACAAUGAUCGCAACGCGAGAGCUAGUGUCGACUCGCUUGGAAAGCGUCGUUCCACGAUGAACAGCAGGGCAGCAUACGACGAAGACGAAGUCCUGCGGAAAGUGCUAGAAGAGAGCAAACACGAGGGCGCGCCGCCUUCAGAGAAUGGCAACCGGAAGAAGCGGAGUCGUGACGACAGCGAAGAGACCAAACCAGAAGUCAAACGGCAACGUACAAACUCAAGAACCCCGAGCAACUCGCCCGUUGUUGAGUCAGAGGACGACAGCACCAAAGCCUCUGCACCAAAGCAAAAGCCACGCGGCGCAGCAGCAAGAAGCCAGCGAGAAAAGGAACAGCGCGAGAAAGAGCGUGAACAGGAACGUACCGAGGCAGCUAACAGACGCAAAGGACGUGCUGAACGUAGGAAAGCAGACGAGCUUGAAGCCUCAGAAGUCACACCUACUCCCACUGAGGAGCCAAUCAUGCCUGCCAUAGCCUCCGCAUCCGCGCCGCCCGAGGCACCGAUCGAGACAUUGAAACCUGCGCCUGCCCCACGACGAGGUGGUCGACCUCCACAGAAGUCACGAGGUCGUCUUGGCCGAAAUCAGUACUCGCGAGAUACCUUGCCUGCUGUGAACGGCGUAUCACCUGCAAACGAAGUCGCAAAUUCCCCCCAAACGAGCGGUACGAACGGUAACAACAAUGGACAUGAUAGUAGUGAUGGAGCCACUGGACACAAAAUAGCCAAGACGAAGAACUCGCGCUUGCACAAGCUGUCAUGGAACGACAUAAUGCGACCAGCUGGUGCUAUGCAGAGCUACAUAGCUCAGCGCCAGGUCGAGAUGGCGGGUGAGAAGGCGAGUCCAGCACCUGCCGUGCAGCCCCCCACGAACGGAGAGCAACACCAGGCAGAAGCAAUGCAUGCAGACACCGAUUUGUCAGCAUUCAAGGACCUCAACACAACACAGAUGAUGGACUAUUUGAGUCGCGACCUGGUGCACUGGCAGAAAAUGGUCAUUGACCAGAAGGAAAAGUAA